UAGUUCCACAGAUCACUUGCACAUCAGACUUUAUCAAGGUUUGCUUAAACUUGGACUUGUAUGCUAACGCUACAAAGCUGCAUCCCGUGGUUGGUGAAAAUGCCGGUCGCUGGUUGAAUUACGCUCUCACCUCCACGUGUGCGGCAAGUCGCUCCAAGUUCAACCUUACAAUUGCGGUCGGAGGGGAUGGCGACUGGAAGAAUGGCAACGUCUCAUUCCGUUGUUUCAAUGCGUCAGAUGUACUGCCGUGCCAAGGGUCUGAUCAGAAUGUGACCUGCAACUGCAACAUGACGAGGAACAUCACCCCCUUCGCCGCCUUGCCGACUAUGAGCGGUCCAUUCACGGGCCGCAAGAACACGAAGUUGUACUGCUUCAACAUCACCCUCGUGAAGCCCAUUGAGCCAAAUCCCCCUACAACCUCGGAGCGGCACUAG